UCUUCAUUAAUGAUCCUGCAUGUACCCCUCUCAGUUGUGAAUGUCAGUUGUCUUCUCACAAUCUACUGUUGCUCCAAGAAAAUUUGACCCAAUUCGUUCUCUUCUGUAGCUGAAAUGCUCUUGGUCAGGGGUGGGCAACCUACGGUGCAUGGAUGAUUAGAAGUAGUGCAUUGCACCCAGUGAUGAUGAUAAAAAAAAGUAAGCCUACUCAGGCAAAAAGUAUUAACCAAAAACCGAUGUGUAGAGAAAAGAUCUAUAACAGGAAUUCAAGUAGCUUAGAGAUGGAAAUGGGUUUUACUGAGAAUAAAUCUAAAACUUCAGAAUUAUUUUUAGCAAUUUUAUUAUUUCAUACACAUCUUUUAAUGAAUGUUCUUUCACAUUAAUCUGUGUUGUUUUUUUUGAAAAAAAAUGUUCAAUGAGUCAAACUAGGAAAGAAGAACUUUUGUUCUGCAGUCGUUCCAUAACUGUUCAAUACAUGUUUGAUGCUUGUUUGAUCCUGAGGUGCCAGGCGUCUGCAGCAGCGGUGUGUCGCAGGUUUUUGCCAGUCAGUUUACAAUUGACACUCUUGCACUACGGAGUUGUGCUUUGUUUAUCCUUAGUGAACAUUUGCAGUUUUGUACUUUUUUGAAAAUUAAGCCUUGUUUAUACAUUCAGUUAAAAUAAAAUGAGCAAAAGAAAAGCAGAAAGUGAUAGUAAACAUGAAUUCAAUGAACAGUGAGAAAAUGAGUUCUUAUUUAUAGUGGGUCAGUCAGGAAAACCGCUGUGCAUUGUUUGUGAAAACACCUCACAUAAUAGAAGACAUGAUCUUAAUAGACACAACAUCAGACUGAAAUAGAAGGAAAACUGAAGCUAGUGCUUGGGUCUGAGUUACGGAAAGAAUAUGUGAUUAAGGAAAAAGGAAGAAAUCAAAAGACAAAAUGUAUUAAGUUUCAUUAAGGUAAGUAAUGUUUAUCUUGUUUUUGUAUUAAGUCAAUAUAUCAUGUAAAAAAAUGCUAAAUGUCUAUAUUAACAUUUUUAAGAAUUGAAUGGGGGUACAAGAGUUGUAUGGCGCAUCUGAACUCUAGUGUGAAAAAAUUGACGCAUGGAAUGUAAAAGGUCGGUCACCCCUGCUCUAGGUAAUAACACCUCCAGUGUAGUUGCAUUCUUCCUAUAAUUGAUGACCCUAACUACAGCUAGGAUACUAAUUAUGUUUUUGUACUUUGAUUUCCCUGCUCUUGUUUUUAUGUCCUGGAUGGAAUUCUUAGACAUUACACCGAAGUCCUUGCCUGGUAUUUCCUAGGCUCUACUCUUCAUUUUUAUCCUCGUCUUGUUAUUGCAGUCACCAUCUUGCACUUUGUCAGGAUAUAAUCUGCCAUUGUUACAUUCAUUUUACCAGCUCAUCAGUAUCUUUCUAUGCCUGAAGACUACCCCCUUCACUAUCAGCUACACACUAACUUGUCAUUUACAUGCUUACUAUUCAUGCCUCCUGUGUUCGCUUCUAGAUCCUUGACGUACACAACCAACAGCAAGGCUGUACACUUAUCUGUUGUGUACUCAACUAGUUACAGGUUUCCAAUUGCAAAAAUAAUAUUCUGUCUUUUAUCAAGCCAUCCUGGAUUCCUUGGAUUCUUGUCUUUACAGUUCAAAGUAAAUGUAUUAUGCAGGUCGACCUUCACUAAUCCGUCAUCAUUGGGACCUGAGGAGUGUUGGAUUAGUGAAAAUGCUGAAUUACAGAAGGAUCACAUUAAGCGUAAUCAGUGCCGGAUUAUCGAAGGAACUGGAUUACAGAGCUCAGCCGGCGAGUGAACUUAGACCCGACAUCAGGGAGAGACCCUUUCUCAUCUCCCCGGCGGUUCUACAAGUUCACUGCCCGAUGUCAGAAUUGUCAGAAGUUAUAAGGCCACCGAUACAAAAGAACAAUCAGUUUGAUAACCAUUCCGGCCAAGUCAAUGGACUAUUGAUACAAAAGUACAAUCAAUUUGUUAGACACUCCAGCCACCUUAAAUGAAGAAAAGAAUGUCCUACCUGGUUUGCUGGAGCCACAACUUAAUUACAAAGAAAUGAGUCGUCAGACUGCCACAGCACUUCCGACAGGUACAUCAAAGUGUACCCCUGCCCAGAGAGUACCUGCAUUGACAGGAACCACAGCUUCCAAUAGUGAUUUAGCAAGUCUUUUUGAGUGUCCAGUUUGCUUUGACUAUGUGCUCCCACCAAUUCUUCAGUGCCAGAGUGGCCACCUUGUCUGCAGCAACUGUCGUCCUAAGCUUACAUGCUGUCCCACCUGCAGGGGCCCUUUGGGCUCCAUUCGUAACUUGGCCAUGGAAAAAGUGGCUAACUCUGUACUGUUUCCCUGUAAGUAUGCCUCUUCAGGUUGUGAAAUAACACUACCACAUACAGAGAAAGCAGACCAUGAGGAACUGUGUGAGUUCAGACCAUACUCGUGUCCUUGCCCUGGUGCCUCCUGUAAAUGGCAGGGUUCUCUGGAUGCUGUAAUGCCACACCUGAUGCAUCAACACAAGUCAAUUACAACCUUGCAGGGUGAGGACAUAGUUUUCCUGGCCACAGACAUAAACCUUCCAGGUGCAGUAGAUUGGGUUAUGAUGCAGUCCUGUUUUGGCUUCCAUUUUAUGUUGGUCUUGGAAAAACAAGAGAAGUACGAUGGCCACCAGCAGUUUUUUGCCAUCGUGCAGUUAAUUGGAACACGCAAACAAGCUGAAAACUUUGCUUACAGACUUGAGCUGAAUGGCCACAGACGGCGAUUGACUUGGGAAGCAACUCCUCGAUCGAUUCACGAGGGCAUUGCCACAGCAAUUAUGAAUAGUGACUGCCUAGUUUUUGACACUAGCAUUGCACAGCUCUUUGCAGAAAAUGGCAAUUUGGGAAUUAAUGUAACAAUAUCAAUGUGUUGAAACCAUUGCAUUUCAUAAAUCUCUUGCUAGGGGCCAGUAAUGGGGCAGUAAAUGCUGUACAUCAAGCUGAACAUUGUGCAACAUUUUCUUGCCGCCAAGCAUUUAUCAGACUGACUUUGUGGAUUGUUGAGUUUGGGUAUCGAUUCUAACAUGUAGAACUGGCUUACAGCAAAGUUAACACUAAUUGUAAAUGCAGUAAACCACUGAACAGACAUUUUUUUUGUAGAAAAUAGUGCUAGGAGCCUAAAGAAUAUGGGCAUAAACACUUGCAAGUGCUACAAUCUUGUUAGUUUUUGACUGUACUUGGCUAAAGGUGUUAAACUGUUGUGUUCUGAUCGUCUUUACUGACAAGCCAUGUUGUGCAGUUUUAAGUUGCUGCUUUUCUCAUUUGUCACUACAUAGAAUUGCUGCUGUUUUGUGUAAAUUUUCUGUGUAUGGCUAUUUUUAUAAACUUGGUAGAUUUUCAUCAAUAAAUUUCCCUUCCUUUUUUUGUACAAGAAGCCACUUGGAGCUAUUUAAGUUCAUUUAAUAUCUAUUUGGUUUACAAGCUAGGAGCCUAUAAUCUGUCCUAAUAAUGAGUUUUAGCAUCUGUAAUUGAGCUCUUGACAUUUCAAAUUGGUUUAAGUGGCAAGUACUUUUAACUCCAUUUAAAAAAAACAACCUGAGUUUAUCUAUUGUCACUGUACAGUGGAUAACUGAACUAACAUUAUACAUUUUAGUUAUUUAGAAAAGGUGCAUAUGUAUCUGAAAAUUUGUUUUAAACUUUCGGAAGUUUAUUCAAAUCUAAUACACAAAGACACUUGGCCUCCUGCUUUUCCUCCAACAUUGCUACUCCAAACCUCAUCUUUGCUACUCCAACAAAGUUUCCUCAGUGGUGCUAUCUUGCUCCCCCUUUUUUGGGAUGGAAUAAUUAAUUGUAUAAAAUGGAAUAUUAAAAAAUAAAUUGUUCAUAUCCUUUUUGCUGUGGUGAAAGUAAGCUGGUGUUAUUGCAUGAAUGUAAACUUCAGUACAUAUCCCUUUUUGGAAGAGAACACUAUUGGUUAUGACAAGCCUGCUUAAAACAUGUUUUAUUUGUAGUUAACUGUGAAUAGCUGAUUUAAGAAUUGCCAAGCCAGUCUAUUCUAUCCAAGUGUUCUGCAGUUCAGCAUCUUGCUGAAAUGUAGAAGUUGCACACUUUUUAAAAAAAAAAUUGUACAAGAUAAAUUGAUCCUUUCAUUUAAUCCUGCUUAAUUCUUGUGAUCAUGUUUUAAUGAUAUGCAGGUUCUUGCCUAAAUGUUUUCAACAAACACUGUCAUUUUAGUGUAAGUGAUGGUUCAGUUGUGGUCAUAAUUGUGUCUUUAGUCUCUGACAUCUAGAUUAGUUAUCUAUCAAAUGGCUUCCAGUAAUCAGAACUAUUCAGGUAACAAUGUACAAGAUCUAUUUAUGACCUAUUUUUUAUUAUAACCUAAUCUUUCCUCAGAUCCUACAAAAAACCGCUGGGUUUAAGUACUUUGGAAACAUUUAAUAUUUCAAACGUCUGCAGUUUUGAAAAAGUAAUCUAACAUUCCCACCUGCACCAAUGCAUCUAAUGAAAUUAUACAUAAUAAUCCUAUCAUUUAUGUUUAAAGAUGCUUUUUGUAUGUAUCUUGCAGGAGUCUUGACUAGAACUAAUCUUGAUGCAGUCAUUAAUGUGGACAAUGCUUGUCUUUGGUUGGCAGUAUUACAUUACAAGGUGAUGUAAUAUGGGAGACUGAGUUUAACUCAGAAAUUUAAAAGCUAUUUGUUUAGAAUGUUAAACCAAUUUUUGUAAGUUGUAAAGACAGGAAUUUAAUUUUUUUCCCAAAUCCUAUUUUAAGGAAAGCAGCCUUGAAUCAAUUGCCAUUAUUUACAGUGUUACAUUGACAACCACAUAAUACAUUAACAGUAUUUAAUUGUGUUAACUAAUAAAGACUGAACUCUGCAGCUAAAGUGUGUGGCAUCUAGUAUGCUAGGAGCAACUGGAUUAUUUUAUACUACACUUGACUAAAUCUAUAACUAUAAAGGCUUGCAUAUCUUCAAAAAAAUAUAACUGUCCACUAAUUUUAAAAUGUCAAAAAUCCUAGAUUGGCCUGUUGUAAACUGUAAUUAAUUUGCUGAAGAUUGAAUUUCUUUCAGGUUGUGACUAAUUUUGAGUUUGGCUGCAACUUUUUUUUGCAGAAAUUGUAAUAAUUUACACUUGAGAAAGAAGCAUUCCCUUUUCAAAAUCCUUCCAAAGUGAAUAGAACUUUUCUGCAGCUAUUCGGCAGUAAUUCAGUCAUGCAGAUCUUUUUGUAAAAGUCUGUGGAAUUGAGCCACCUGUUGUGCAAUGUACUGGCUCUUUAAAGUUACUUUCUUCCUCAAACACUUACAAGUGACAUUUUACCCAAAACCACUUGUAUUACACAGACAUAUCUUUAUAGUAAGUGGCCCAUUCACUUUAACCAUGCUGUUGUACAGUAAAUACUGUGUAAGAGUUACGGUUAAACCCUUUCAAUACUGUUCUGCCUGAAACUUGAUUUAUUGUGUGUUUAUGCUUAUUUUAAACUCCAAUAAAAGUUGAUAU